AUGGGUCAACUGUUAUCGAGUUUGAAUCUUCGAGGUGGCGAUACAGUGGUGCCUGAUCUUGGCUUUGAUAUUGAAAAUGCAAGGCCUUCAGCUGAAGAAUCAGAACUCUAUAAUCAACUUUCUAUUCUCUUGGUUCAACCUGCACCUGAUUUAUUGGGAUCAUUACGCUCAUAUCGGUCAGCAUCUGAAUUAAUUCGGGAGGCGAUUGCUUCACCUACAACUGAAAACGAGAACAGAGCAUGGGAUGCAGUCUUGCCAACCGUUGACAUGCUACGCGACUUUUACGAAUAUGCAUCGGAAUUGGAGGAAAACAUACCACGACUAUUGGAUGUCCUUUGCCAAGGAGAUGUCAACAAGAAUCUUGAAAAGCAUCAGGGAUUGACGCGAUUAUUUGCUGACAUUCUUGAUUUUGUCUUUGAAUUCGAUUUCCUCAAGAUGCGUAAUCCAACUUUGCAAAAUGACUUUUCCUACUAUCGACGUAUGUUACAACGCGGCCGAUAUUCGAGAUCGGCAGAUGAAUCCAUGUCAGAUCUACGGAGUGCUAUGUUGGAGGACGACCAAGCGAAUCGCAUGUCAUUGUUCAUUGCUUAUCCCACACCAAUGUUACGACGAUUGAUUGAUACAACGACCGAGUAUGUCACAAGGAAUCGACUACAAAAGAGUGUUGGAAGUUGCCUUACAGCUUUAUGGUCUACAUGUUAUCACACAGUGAACAAAAGAAGAUCUCCACAGCCAUCCGCAAACGUGUCAUCAUUUUGCCUCAAGGUCAUGGUUGUUUCCAUUAUCCUCUAUGAUCAUAUCGAUUCCCAUGGUGCAUUCACUAAAAGCUCACCCAUCAAUAUCAAACAUUCUGUAAAAAUAAUCCAAUCUGUUCCCGAUGCAAGCACCGAAUCCAGUACUUCCAAUCUCAUGUCAGCUCUUCGUUAUAAUUCCAAACACCUCAACGACGAUUCAACACCCAAGAGCAUAAGGAAUUCUGUCAUGGCUGCAUAA